UGCGCGGCGCUGUCACUUCGCCUGUGGCUGUCGGCUUGAGCGGUGUGGUGGGGUGGUGUGUCGUGGUGUGGUGAGACGGUGUGGUGUGGUGUGUCGUGGUGUGGUGUGGCGUGACUUGACACCCCGCGCAGCACGGGAGGGGAGAUAAGCCACCUUGUGCGUUCGCCUGCGAGUUUCGCCGACAAAGACGAAUCGAGAGUCUAGAAGACGAUUCACCUUUGCGGUGCUCGCACGCGAGCGACGUCUCGAGGAGGAGGGGAGGGGGUGGAGAUGAGUUCCUCAAGCUGACAGGCAGCAAGACGCCGGCGAGAGGGAGUGAGAAGGUAGAGGAAGACGUUCAUGCCGAGGGGACCUAGGGCACGCACCUGCCUGGCUCGACCGCGUCGCGCUGCAUCGCCAUGGCCAAGAGAGGCUCUCGUCAAGAUUCGUCCCUGUUGUACCUUGACAUGAAAAUUGCAGAGCCCAAACCCCAGGAAAAUGUGAAGCAAAAGAUCGAUGCUGUCCGUGCAAUAUUUCCCAACCGGAGUAAGAAUGAAGUUGUUCUGGUGCUGCAGCACUUCGAUUACAGUGUGGACAACGCCGUGCAUGCCUUUCUCGAAGGAAAUGUUUCAGGAAUUCUGGGUGCCUGGAAUAUGACAAAAAAGAAGACUCCAAAAAAGAAAAAAAUCAAAGCUCAAGACGACAUUGAGGUGCAGAAUCCUGAAAGGGCUGAGGAAAAAGUGCCGUCUCGUGCUUCUGCCACGGAGCCUGAGGCAUGUGCAACCGAGGCAGCCAGCGAAACUUGCUCGGGUGUUAGCGAACACAGCAGCGUUCUUGACUGUGACGGCGCCUUGAAAGACGGGUUUCUGCAAGACGCGUCGCUUUCAAGUGAAAGGAGGAGUGGAACAAAUGUCGAUUCUAGACAUUCGUCCUUUUGCUCGGAAAGAAGCCACGUGGAGAGUGGUUUCCUGGAGAAUGGUUCUGAUCAGCAGCCAGCGAGCCAACCAUUCAACUCUGAACCUCUCUCUCCAGGUGCGAAGAAAAUUCAUUUUCAGGAGCAAGUUUAUUAUGGUUUACCGCAGGAAUGUUCCAAAAGUCCCACGGGCCGACCUGAAAAUGCUUUUGACAUUAGUAACAGUCGUGGAGUAGUGUCAACGCAUCGUUUAAUGUGUUCAUCCACUUCUUCAGACAGCCUGUCUGGUGCCUCUCCACAGCGUGGGACUGCGAAUCGCCAAACUGAAAUAAGUUUUACACAUCAUGAUGACAGGGAAACUACUUGCUUGUCUUUUAACAGCAACUUAAGUGCAAUAAGCAAGCAUAGUAGCAGCAAAGUACCAAUUGACAAGUGUAGUAACUCUGAUGCAACAAAGAAGACCAGCAAUUUAGUCGAGAAUCAUCAUAACUGUCACAUCUCAGGGCCUGAGUCUAACAUUGGCGGUAUACCACCAGUUGCCAAUGUGGGAUCACAAGGGCAGCAAAAAAGAAAUUCAGCUCAUAAAGAGCAAAUAGAUAUCCAAGUGGGUGUAGGCAACACAGGAACCAUCACGUCCCUAGCAGCAGAUACCAGUGGCGGAGUUCUAAAAACCACAGUUAAUCUUGACAAACAUUCCGCUGCUCCAAGUGCAUGCAGGGAGCAGCCUGGCAGUAUUGGCACAACCAUAACAUGGGAGGACCAAACUAAAGGGAGAGACGGCAACCCAAAUGCUAUUUUGGGAAGGGGAAUUGGUGUUGUCAGUGACACAGAGAGGAAUGGUAACUCACCUGCCAUGCCUUCCGCUUCAUCAGUUGUCCUUGACAAUACGCCUCACGUUGCCGGCACGGUCCACGUGUUUGGCCCGGCAGACAUUUAUAGCAGAAGGGAGAAGAUGUUAUUGAAGCGCAGCAUUAGUUUGGGUACACAGAGUCAGGAGAAUGGUAAUGGAGCGGUUGGAACAAAAGUCCAGUUGGACAGGAGGAGAAGCAACCCAGCGAAGGUCGAACACAACUCGCAAGUAUUUGACGUAAAUUAUGGCUUGGAGAAGAAAGCGACUGCUAUGAGCCUUGGGGACAUCGGUCUGAACUGCACAGAAACGCCGAUCCAGAACAACAGAGACCCUGAUAGUGCAGAACAGUCAGGUGCAGCUAUAGCUGCAGAUGCAUCUGACCAGGGUAGAAGGGACAGUCAGACUGGUAGAAGGGAUAGCCACUCUGUUAAUGGAGAUAGCCAGCCUGCUAGGGACAGUCAAAAUAUCAGAAGAGAUAGCCAGCCUACUAAAAGUGACACUUCAUCUCUCAGAAGAGACGGUCAAACUGCUAUGCAGGAGAGCGAAUCUGGUCAUCAGGAUAGCUGUCCUACUGACCGGAGGGACAGCCAGCCGAACAGAAGGAACAGUCAGUCUUCUAGAAGCGAUAGCCAACCUUCCAGAAGAGACAGCCAGUCUGCUGAUAAAGACAGCCAAUCUGGGAGGCGAGACAGCCAGCCUAUCAGAAGAGACAGCCAGUCUGCUGAUAAAGACAGCCAAUCUGCGAGGCGGGACAGCCAGCCUAUCAGAAGGGACAGCAAGUCUGCUGAUAAAGACAGCCAAUCUGCGAGGCGGGACAGCCAGCCAAUCAGAAGAGACAGCCAGUCUGCUGAUAAAGACAGCCAAUCUGCGAGGCGGGACAGCCAGCCUAUCAGAAGGGACAGCCAGUCUGCUGAUAAAGACAGCCAAUCUGCGAGGCGAGACAGCCAGCCUAUCAGAAGGGGCAGCCAGUCUGCUGAUAAAGACAGCCAAUCUGCGAGGCGGGACAGCCAGCCUAUCAGAAGGGACAGCCAGUCUUCCAGACGGGACAGCUCAACUGCUAAACAGGAUGGCCAAGGGGACAAUGCGGAGAGCGACGUCUUCAGGAGAGACGACCAAUCCGAGAGGAGGGACAGCAGCCAGUCUGACAGGAGAAACAGUGCAACUCAGAGGAAGGACAGCAACGCAGACAGAACGGACAGCAAUACGGGAAGAAAAGGUAGUCUUCCUGGCCGAAAAAACAGCAACUCUGGGCGUAGGGACAGCGGUUCCAACAGCAGAAGAGACAGCAACCCAGAUCAAAAGGAUGGCAAAGGUGGGAGGAGAGACAGCGGCGGAUCCAGCAGAAAAGAGAACCGCAGAAGGCCAGGUGGGAACGUAGAAAAAUCAGUCAAGGAUCUUCAAAGAUGUGUGGUAUCAUUAAACAGAUACCAAACAUUACUCAAGGAAGAAGCAGAAGGUUCCACCAAAAAUUUAAAGGCAGCAUUUUCUGAAAUGACUGAUUGGCUCAUGGACCGGGAGGUGAGCAUCUUCACAGAGCUUGAUCAAGUUAAGCACGAAGCAAUGAGCAUCCUGAAUGCAAGGCAAAGGAAAGCAACUGAGCUGAAAAAGCUAUGUGACAAGAACAAUGCGGCCCAGAUGUCUGAUGCAUAUCUCACAGAUCUGAGGGCUGAGAUCAAGAAAUUUGUAAGUGAGCGUAAAUAUGAUGAGGAGCUUGGCAAGACGGCACACUUCAUGUGGGACAGACAAGCCGUCAAGAAAAUGAUUGACACCUUUGGAAACAUCACCCAUCCAAAGUUUGGACACGCGACGCCUGUCUCCUUACCAGUGGAUACCCUGCUCGAGGCCAGCACUGUCCACCAAUCUUCAUGCACUACCCCAUCCCAAAGCCAUCCCCUUUCAGCUCAAACUGCUACUCAGGUGGCGACGCUAACUCACAAUAGUCCCCAUCCAGUUCAACAAAGUCCUUCAGCUGCUGCCCAGUGCAGUCCUCCUACUGCUCCUCCUGUUCAACUCGGUCCUGUCUCCAUCACGCAAGGCAACCCCGUGGCUGCUUGUCAAGGAAUUCCUGUUGCCAAUUCUCAAGUCACGUUGGGGCCGAUUAAAAAAAUCUCUGAAGCUAAUUCUGAACAAAGUAACGUAGCUGCUACUCAACACAGGCCUGUACCUGUUAAUCAAAGCUCUCUGAGCAAUGCACAACAAAGUAGUGUAGCUACGACUCCAUACAGGUCUGCACCGGUUAAUCAAAGCUCUGUGGCCUAUGCUCAACAAAGUAAUGUAGCUACGACUCCAUACAGGUCUGCACCGGUUAAUCAAAGCUCUGUGGCCUAUGCUCAACAAAGUAACGCAGCUGCUACUGAACACAAGUCUGCAGGUAUUGAUCAACCCAAGUCUGCACUUGUUCAAGAAAGCCUAAUGGCCACUACUCCACACAGAACUACACCAUCUACUCCACACAGCACUACAUCUACUACUCCAUACAGCACUACAUCUACUACUCCACACAGUACUACACCUACUACUCAACACAGCGUGACAGCUGCUACUGAACUCAGUGCUACAGCUACUAUUCAGCGCAACACUCAAGUUGCUAUGCAACACUGCACUGCAGCUGCUGCUCAGCACAGCACAACAGCUACUACUCAACAGAGCCUUGUAACAAACAAACACAACACGGAGCAUGCAAAACAGCAGAUGUCGAUCACAAUGGCUGGUGAAAAAAGCAAGCUUGUUGGUGCCACACAGAAAUGCUGCAUAACUCCUGCUCACAGUAAGUCCAUGACCGUGGCAUCGGUUGAAAAGGAUGCACCACAAAUGAGCGUUGCAGCACCUGUCGAGAACAAAACUCUUCUUGCAACGCCUUCUGAAAGCAGUCUCGCCAUUACUCCUGCGAGAAGCUCUAUUGCUGUUGGGAGCAGUCCAACAACUGCUAAUGUCAGUCCUGCGACGACUGGGCACAAAAGUUCCGUGACUGUUGCCCAGGCGGGCUCUCAGACUAUAAUUUCAGCUCAGAAUGGUCCACUUGCUGGUACGCAGAAGUGCUCGCACAGCGGGAGUGCGACGUCGAAUGCAUCCCAGGCUGCCACGAUGGUCUACACUACCCCAGCAAAGGUGAGCCUGGCUGCGGUUGGUGUGGCUCGACUCACGCAUCGCACUGGACCCAUACUCGGCUACAGAUCUGGCUCGGCCACCAGGGAGGGCAUGAUGAGCCAUCAGCACAAUGGAAUGCCAAUGCUAGCCAAGAAAUCUCCAGUCUCCAAAACUGCACCCUUCAGUGUUCCAAUCACAACACUCAUGGCCAGUCCACCUUGUGUUUCUCAAUCCACAACCUGCACCAUUGCCCAUCCUUCCAGUUCCAGUGAAGCCAACAAUAAGCCUCGUAGAACUGGACCCAUCAAGCCCAAAAAGCCAAGUUUGGAUGAUACGGCGACAGUGCCUUCUGGCCAGGCAUUGCAGAGUCCUGAGAAAAGUGCUUCUACGGAGAAAGAUUGUCUUCUGCCCGUGACAGCUCUGCCACAGCGAGAAAGUAGACGAUCAAGAGACACUCCGAAGUCGCCUGUUUAAAGGCCCAUCAUUGUCUUGCCCUGGUGUGUGGGCUGCAUGCACAGGGACAUGCCUGAGUGUCUUGCUGUGAGCUGAUUGGAAGCCUAAAUGUAGCCUUUUCAUGAAGCAAUCUGCGAACACUUUUCCGCCUGUUUUGGGCUAGGGCAUUUUAUUUAGAGAUCAUAAAAAAUCAUGAACAUAUUUUACAGUUUUUUUGGGAGCGACUGAUUUAAAAUCAAUCGCCUAUUUAAGAUAAUGCUUGAGGCACUUCACAUAAACUGCAUAAAUUAUUAUGCGUCUCACCAUUGUUAAUAAAAAAUUAUAUUCAACAAUGUGAAAGUAUAUGGGUCGUAUGAAAUUGUAAUUUUAAAUGUGUGAUUUCAUCUGCAUUGUAUUGUAUCUAAAGACAUGUUUACGAAAUAAAUAAUAUGUUAAAUAUAUGUUAACUGCUGUACAAACAUUGUUAACAAUGUAACCAUUGUACAGUAUUGCCAAAUUUGAAGAUAUAUUAUUGUGGUAGCCACGAUUAUAGACGUCUGUUUUCCAAAGAUCCAGGGGUCGAGUAGAAACAAUUAAAAGUCGUACUUUAACAUUUUGUUCUGGAAUGUGCCUUUGUACAAAGACGUGUAUGCUGCAUUUUAAUGACCAAUUGUAAAGAUGAUCACGUAUUUGAAAUGUUUUAAAUUUGUACUCAAGGAAGGUGAUAUUCUGGUUCGAUUAAAAUAGUUUGUGAUGAUGUUUACUUUCACUAUGAUAACGAGGUGUUGAAAUAUGGGUAAAUGAAACUGCUUCUGUGCGAACGCAUUUGUAUUGUGGGAUUACGGUUGAUCUAUUUUUAUUUUUUAAAAACCCUAUUAAAUCAGAGAUGGAGAGUGUAUGAAAAGGCUGUGUGAGGUGAGCUACCACGUGAUCCUACACUCUACCUUGAGACGUCACUGAAGCGAUAAGUUGCUGACUGUAACAUUGUUAAGAUCAAAAUGAUAGACACGUUUAUUUGCCAUUUAAAGACGAAAGUGCGUGUUUGAAUUGCACAGUUUUUUUAAUGGCUAAACAUUUUGAGAUGUUACAGGAAGUUAAAUGUAUGUGGUCAAAUGAUGAAUUAAAGAAGUACACAUCUAAAAGCACUGAAUUCAUGUUUGGCACCUCGACACCCGAGGCGUGCGUUAGCACUGCUACACAGUGCAUCAUUAAAACAACCCACGUGAUCAGAGGCAGCUCUGUGCACUUGCAUAACACUGUGCCGUCGGCACACGAUGUUGCAUUAAGAGGUACACGUCCCCAUCUAUGCACAACAAAUUAAUUCCCUUGAGGUGCUUUGCCGAUGACCAAAUCAUCCUGAAUGAGAUCGAUAUUAUCACAUAUCGUAAGCUAAGCAGUGAUGAGCCCGGCUAGUGUUUGGAUGGGAGACUGCCUCGGAAUGCCAAGGCGUUUGAAUAAAAAUCUAUACAUUAAA